GUGUAUCAGUCCACCACUCCAAAAUCGCAAGAACGAGCAAUUUGGUCAGCGGAUACCUCUCGAUAUAUCAAACCAACCCCAAAAUUAAUAAGAUGAUACCCUCGACAAUGUUUCUCCGCACAGCGCGCAUGGUUUUCCCGGCUUUUGCACGAGUCCAAAGUACACAAUUGGCUGGCGCAAGAUGUUUUGCUUCGAUGCAGAUGGCGAAGAGACCAACAUUGGCUUUGAUGGAGAGGGUAAAGGAGAGUGCGAGUUUGAGCGCAAGUGGAAAGGGUGCAGAACAGGUUAGGGGCAUGAAGGUUAGAAGUUCGGUGAAGAAGUUGUGUGAGGGGUGCAAGAGCGUCAGAAGAAAGGGUGGAAAAUCGGGGAAGGGACAUGUUUAUAUCAUUUGCUCGUUGAAUCCUAAGCACAAGCAGAGGCAAGGAAAAUAGAUGAUUGAAUUCAUUCGGGAUACGAUAUACCAGGUUGGAGAGCAGAGAACGAGAGACUUCAAUCGAAUGAGUUGCGGAAUUGCGGGUUGCGCACAACCAUGAGGAUCUUGAGCUUUUGAUGAAAAAGCCAUGAGGAGUGAGAUGUACGAUACGUGUAUCUCUCUGUAUGAAGAGUGCGCACUAGACACUGGGUAUGGCGUUGAGGGAAAUAGUAGAUAUAUUGGCAGAGCAAAGAAUCACCUCCGCACAUACACGAUCAGAAAAGAAUACAAACAGAUAAAAUCCAGAAGCCGGGCAAAUGAACACA